UGCAGGAGAGCCCCAGCUUCAGCAUCUCCCAGCCCUUCCACACCCCGAGCUUUCUUGUAGCGAUGCCUGAGAUCGGGAUUAGCAGUUAUUGCGUCCUGGGAGGAGAGGUGAGCUCCCUGCCCCUGGCUUUGCUUACCCUGGCCUUUCAGCAGGAGAAGAUUCUGUAGUGGCACCUGUAACAGCUCUUUAGCACAAGGUCCACCUGCAGUAAAGCUGUGUUAAAGCACCUGGGAUGUCCUGUACCCCAAAAUCCCACUGUGUCUCCCUCCUCCACAUCUCUACCCUUCCCCUUCCACAGAUGAGAGCUCCCUACUUCCCUCCUGAGCUCUGUGCUAACCUUUGUGUCACGCCAUCGAGGGUUUAAAAGGCAGCGUGAUUAAAGCAAUAAAAUGUAACAAGGUAUAUAAGCUUUGCUAAUGGCUCCUCUGCUUCUAAGAGCAAAGUGCAUGUCUGCCUGGGCACUUAGCACUCAGAGGCACUUAGCAAACCCAUGAUCAGAUAGGAAGGAGAGCAGAGGGAGAAGACGGAGGGAGUUUCUUGGUCUAUUUGAAUGAUGGUCAUAGACAAGUUCUUACCAGUGACCAGAUUUCCCUGCUUUACUUGUCAACCACUUGUUCCUUCCCCUCGGGUUUAGUUUUGUAUUAUUAUGAACUCGGAGAAAUUACUGACCUAUGUAAUAAGGCAGGACCGGUGAAGAAGAGACUGCCCUGUCCCACUUAUAGGUCAAGUGGGGCUAACGUGAUGAGCUGAGGCUUAAUCAUAUUCUGCAUGGGUUGGGAACAGGGGCAGAGGAAGAAAAAGAAAAGUUAAGGUCCAAGGUCAGUGAAUGCAAAUACAGCAAUUUUGAGAAUGAAUGUGUGAAAUACCCAUGUCUUGGUGAUUCUAGUGCAGAUAUCCUGUAGCCAGCCAUGAAAGCUGUCCUCAGACAAAUGGGCACAGAGGAGGAGUUUGGAGAGCCCAUCAUGAGCACUCAGCAUAUUCUUCCCCCCAGAGGAGCAUCAGAAAUCAAAGUGAAGGUGUACCAGCUUCAAAAGCUUCUGGAAAGCCUAGAAAUCCACAUGAUCCAUGAUGUGCAGAAGAAAAUUAACCAGGAGAUGAUUCCAGUGAUACUUGAAAGAGCCAGACAAGAGAGCAGUCUCCCCACUGAACUCUGGAAACAGAGGGUAACUCAAGAAAAUUUCUCAGUUGCACGACCAUGGAUAGUUGAAAAAUUUGUUCAAAGGCUGAUGGAAAACUACCAAGAAUCAGAUACAGAGGAGCUGCACACAGUGGAAGGAGGUGGCAACCAAAGCGGCAUGGCUCUGGCACAGGGAAAGUUGGAUGUCUAUCGCCUUAGCAUUGAGCAACGAGUGUUUGAAAUCAUCAGUGAAGUGAGAAGAGAAGGAGUUGACAAUAUGAUUAAUCUGAAGAAAAAGUUUGCCUCCACUAAAAAUAAUGGUGACUUGAAAGAACAUUUGUUUAAACAGGAACAGCUGCAGCUCUUGAGGGAUGGCAAUACCAGGCUAAGCAAGCUGGUUUGUAAGCUGAUGGCUCUGAACUGUUGGAAGCAAAUCACUCAGAAGGCACAGCUCUCUGCAAACCUUAGAGAAGGAAGCUCUUCAAAAUGAAGAAGAGUGUCUGAAUGCUAAGAUGAUGACAGAACAAGAGGUGACUUCAUUUCAGGGUCAGCUCACGCCUGUAAGGAAAGCUCUAGCAACCUCUCAAGCAGACAAUGGCAAGCUAAAGAAGCAGCUACAU